UUUUAUCACAAACAUCUCCCUCCCUUAACAAAAUCAGUAUAUGCUCGUUCCAUUCACAUCUCGACUUCCCGCCUCUUCAAGGCUGAGGAAAGAAACCCAGAAGGAACUCUUCCAUUUAGCACAGCCCAAGGAACUUGACGGUGGAAAGCUCGUAACCCAAUCUGGGGUGGUCACGUGACAGGAAGUGAUCGCCUCUCGUUCACGCCUCCUCGAGAUGGCGAAGAGACCGGAAGAUUGGCCCGGCAUGCCCCGGGUUUCCGGUGCCCUCUGGCCCUUUUCUGUCGCCCGCUCUCCCUGCUGCUCUCGCUGGCUGGCGUGCUCGCUCCAGGACUGGGGCGGCCGGGAAGGGGCGGCGGCUGAGGAGUGGGCAGGUCGUCAUGGCCGCCUCUAAGCCCCUGGAGGCGGCGGUGGCGGCGGUCCCCAGCGCCGGGAGCGGGGUGGGGAGCGGGGCUGCUGGUCCCGGCGUGGGGGGCCUGCCUCGCUGGCAGCUGGCGCUGGCUGUCGGGGCGCCGCUCAUCCUGGGCGCGGGCGCCGUGUACCUGUGGAGCCGGCAGCGACGAAGGCGGGACACGGGCAGCGGCGGCCGGGGCGAUACCGGGGCCGGAGGCCUCAAACGGAACAGCGAGAGGAAAACCCCGGAGGGCAGAGCCAGCCCGGCCCCAGCCGGAGUGGGCAGCGGCCACCAGGACGGCACAGGCGCCCACGAGGAGAUGAGUCCUCUUGAUAGAGCCCAAGCAGCCAAGAACAAAGGCAACAAGUAUUUUAAAGCAGGAAAGUAUGAACAAGCCAUUCAGUGCUAUACAGAGGCCAUCAGUUUAUGUCCUACAGAGAAAAAAGCUGACCUUUCUACAUUUUAUCAGAACAGAGCUGCUGCAUUUGAGCAAUUGCAAAAGUGGAAAGAGGUGGCACAAGAUUGUACAAAAGCUGUUGAGCUUAAUCCCAGAUAUGUGAAAGCUCUCUUUAGACGUGCAAAAGCCCAUGAGAAACUAGACAAUAAGAAAGAAUGUUUAGAAGAUGUCACAGCAGUUUGUAUUUUAGAAGGUUUCCAGAACCAACAAAGCAUGUUGUUAGCCGAUAAAGUUCUUAAACUUCUUGGAAAAGAAAAGGCCAAAGAGAAAUACAAGAAUCGUGAACCUCUGAUGCCAUCUCCACAGUUCAUUAAAUCUUACUUUAGUUCCUUCACUGAUGACAUCAUCUCUCAGCCUAUGCUUAAAGGAGAGAAGUCCGAUGAAGAUAAAGACAAGGAAGGAGAAGCAUUAGAAGUAAGAGAAAAUUCUGGAUAUUUAAAGGCCAAGCAGUAUAUGGAAGAAGAAAACUAUGAUAAGAUCAUAAGUGAGUGCACAAAAGAAAUAGAUGCGCGAGGUAAAUACACAGCCGAAGCCUUGUUGCUACGAGCCACCUUCUACUUGCUUAUUGGCAAUGCCAAUGCAGCUAAGCCAGAUUUAGAUCAGGUCAUCAGCAUGGAAGAUGCUAAUGUGAAGCUUCGUGCAAAUGCCCUGAUUAAAAGAGGCAGCAUGUAUAUGCAACAACAGCAGCCUUUGCUCUCUACUCAGGAUUUUAAUAUGGCUGCUGAUAUUGAUCCUCAAAAUGCAGAUGUCUACCACCACCGAGGACAGUUAAAGAUUCUUCUUGAUCAAGUUGAAGAAGCAGUAGCAGACUUUGAUGAAUGUAUUAGAUUACGACCUGAUUCAGCCCUAGCUCAAGCUCAAAAGUGUUUUGCACUGUAUCGGCAAGCUUACACAGGAAACAAUUCUACACAAGUUCAGGCAGCUAUGAAAGGCUUCGAGGAUGUCAUAAAGAAAUUUCCAAGAUGUGCUGAAGGCUAUGCAUUGUAUGCCCAGGCACUAACAGAUCAGCAACAGUUUGGUAAAGCAGAUGAAAUGUAUGAUAAAUGUAUUGACUUGGAACCAGACAAUGCCACAACGUAUGUUCAUAAAGGUUUGCUUCAGCUUCAGUGGAAGCAAGAUCUAGAUAAAGGCUUGGAACUUAUUAGCAAAGCCAUUGAAAUUGACAACAAGUGUGAUUUUGCAUAUGAAACAAUGGGAACUAUUGAAGUGCAGAGGGGAAACAUGGAUAAAGCCAUUGACAUGUUCAACAAGGCAAUUAAUCUGGCCAAAUCUGAAAUGGAAAUGGCACACCUCUAUUCACUUUGUGAUGCUGCCUAUGCUCAGACAGAAGUUGCAAAGAAAUACGGAUUAAAACCUCCUACGUUGUAAAACAGCUGGGAAAGGAAAAAUGACCCACUUUUUAGACAUAUGCCCACACUUCAACCAAGCUCUACAGAUGAGAUCACAGACCGUGGUGAAUGGUGGAACUUAGUUUUUCCGUUUGUGGUGUUUGUCAUUUGUUACAUCUGUUUAAUGUUUAGGUGUUGUGGGAGUGGCUGUUCAAGGAAGUUUGCAGUGUUGAAGCUUAUUUCCUAAUGCAACAGAGGGGGAUAUCCAAAACAAUGUUGCAAAGGGAACAAAGGAUAUUUUGGCCAUGCAAAUAAAAACUGAUUUGUUCAUUGGGGGGAGGAGGGAAGUGAUUAUGUUUUGGAUGAUUUUGUUUAUAGUACAUAUACACACAUACACAAACACACAGAUAUAUGUGUGUGUGUGUGUGUGUGUAUAUAUAUAUAAACAUUUUACAGCAUGUUGGUUUUUAAAAUAAUAUGGCGAGUACUAGUAAAAUAGAUUUCUUUUAUAUACAAUUAAUCCCUAUGGGUUGAUUAUUUGUUUUUCAAAGAAAAAAGUAUGUUUUUGUUUUGAGAAUUUUUUUGGUUUUGUUUCUUAAAGCUAAAUUGAGAGAGAACCUUAAUGUGAUGAAAGGCACAGUGCCUUUGCCUUCUGCAUAACUCUAGGAAGAACCUGGUGGCAGCUACCAAUCAAUUUGAUCAUUUCCCACAGAGACAAUAAUAAAUGAUGAGAAACAUAGCUUCAAAUCUAAAGCAACCACAAACUGCUAUAGCAAACUAUACAGAAACAAAAAUCUGUUGCUUUGAAGCUGACAGACUUAGAAUAUGACUUUAAGAGCAUUGCUACUGUUGAGGGAAUAAAGCACUCAAGAUGUAAAAUGAGGUGGGUUUUUUAAAAGGCUUAAUGCUAUUUAUUGAACUUGGUACUGCUAGAUUUAAUGGUGUACACUUUUUAAAGAAAUUCAAAUGAUGGCUUAUGUAUGUAAUCUAAAUAAAAAUGGAAUGAGUGUGAUACAUGGAAACAUUUGAUUUAAAAUAGCUAGUAAAAAAAAUUUGGUAAAGCAAUGUGCAAUUUAUUAAAGACUUAAAUGUUAUUGCCAAGAGCCUACUAUGUCAAGUGGCAAAUGCUUGAGUGUUUCACCAAGUUAUAGUAACAGAGUUAGAAAAAGUACCUUUUCUGAGGCAUUACUUUUUAUGUAAAAGUAUGUGUGGGAUGCCUAAUUCAGUGAGCCCUUUGUUGUGAGGUCCUGAGUGCCAAUAUCUAGGAAUUUGUUGAUAAUUUAGGAAACCUGACCAUCUGUUUACAUUUUUAUCCUCAUUUAAUCUGCAACUCAUAUUUAAUUUCUAGUUAUUUUAUUCAGAUUGGGUUUUUUUUGGGGGGGGGGGUGGUUAUAAUCCUAAUUUAACUAGCAGAGUGUCCUGUUUUGUUGUGUGGGUUUUGUUUUUGUUUUUGUUUUUUAAGCAGUGGGCCAUCACAUAGUGUCUCACUAAAUUUGAGCUUUAGAAAAUACAUGCCACAGUAUGAUAGGGCCUUCUGCCAUCCUUUUGGGAAAAUAAAAUCUUGUUAGUGUACAGGGCCUGGGGUAAGGGGACUGCUUAUCCAAAGGGUCAGCGUUCACUGGGUGCUUAUAUUUCUGAAACCAAAUAAACUUUGUAGGUGUGAACACUACCUUUUUAGUACCUGUAAGAUUGGUUCCUCUUUCACAGUAGGGGUAACUUCUGACUUUAGGAGAUCAUGGGUCUAAAGGUAGCAAAUUGGGAAGUGAAAAUUUUUUGACAACCAGGAUAAUGACAAUUCAGAUCUAAGGGCUCUCUCUCCAUUUUUAGUCUUUAAAUUAUGUACCUUCCAAGACAACCACUGCUGACUUCAGGAGGGGUUGCUUAUCCCCAACUUAAAAUUCUUCUGAUUCUUUAAAAGGGUUUUUAUUUGCAUGGCCUUAUUUUCACAGACACUGACAUUUUCUUCUACUCUUCUCCCUUCCUCCCCCCUGAGGAGCGGUAGGAAAAAACCACACAAAGGAAAAUGACGCAUGUGCCGUUCAAUAUUAUCAUUCCAAAUCUUCACGGACUGUUGCCUGUUCUUAAAAUAUUUGAAACUGCACUGAAAGCUACAUUUGUCUGUAACUUUUCUUUUGUAAAUGAAUUCACAUGUAAAUUCACCAAAUAAAUAUUACAUUCAAGUUUA